AACCUAGUCAACCUAGAUCUAGAUCGCUAGAUCAGCCCAGUCCUGAACUAGAUCUAGAUCUAGAUCUAGUAUAGACCCAGAUCUAAAAUAUUCUAAAUACUAUUUUACACUAAACAUAAGUAAACAUAGAAUCUAGAUUUAGAAUCCAUUUACUAAUUAUUAUAUUAUUAGUGUUAUUAUUUUGGCCCAUUUUCUGAGUGUCUAAUGGAUCUUUUAGAAUCAUCACUUUAUUCAAAAGAAAUAGUUAGGAUUGGAACAUAUCUAGGCUGGCCUGGUCAAGACAUACAAUGUAAACCAACAAAACCUAGUGUGUUAGACUUGGCGAAAGCUGGAUUUUUAUACACUGGCCAGAGAGAUGAGGUACGAUGCUUUGUAUGUAAUCUUAAAGUUGAAGACUGGGAACGGUAUCAAGAUCCACGUAUUGUCCAUACCACCAGAAGUCCUCACUGUCCAUUUAUGUUGAAUGCUGAAAGUAAUAAUGCACCUGUUCUCAUACCAAGUGACAAAGAAUAUAAAAUGAUUAAAUUAAUGUUAAGAGAAGCUGGAAGGCGUGUAUCAUCGUCGGCAAACGGAUCUCCUUAUCCAUCUUCUUCACUAAUUUUGGACACGCUUAAAGCCAUGUAUGGUGAUACCUUAACCUCUGCCUCCCACCCAAACAGCAGUCGCCAAAGCUCUACUAGCAGAUCUUUAUCCAAUUCUCCAAGAGUUAAUCACAAGCAAACUAAAAAAGAUAUGACAGCAUCUUCAGGAAAUAAAACCAGCUUUGUCCCCAGAUCUUCACAUUCAUCUAAUUCCCCACCACCCAGAAGAAGCAGCACUUCAGAGGCUCCACCCCAAGAUAGUCCAGGCAGACCUAAUUUCCAAAGGGCUAAGUCAUGUGCCUAUGAUCCUCGAUCUCAGAGAAAUUCAGAAACUAUCGCCAAUCGUCAGACAUCUACAUCAAACCCUGGGAUAGAUUUCAUGGAGUAUCAAGAUUCUGAGGAGGCUAGACUUAGAACUUUUUCAGGCUGGACUGGCAUACGAGGUGCCCCACUACAGGAGUUUGCUCAAGCUGGCUUUAUUUACAUUGGAUCUGCUGACAGAGUUCAGUGUGUGUUUUGUAAGGGAAUUUUGCGCAACUGGAAUGAUAACGAUAACCCUUUAGAAGAGCACCGUAAACAUUUCCCUCAGUGUACAUUUAUUAAAGAUAUUUACAAAGCUAUUGUUACUGGAAAACCCAAACACCCUAAAUAUGCUAUGGAUCAAGCUCGGCUGAGCUCAUUUUCUAAUUGGGAUGUGAAUCAAAAUCCAAAGCCUGCUGACCUUGCUAAAGCUGGAUUUUUUUAUGUGGGCCAUGGUGAUAGUGUUAAAUGUUUCUAUUGUGAUGGUGGCCUGCGAAAUUGGGAACCUAAUGAUGAUCCUUGGAGGGAACAUGCCCGCUGGUUUCCCAGAUGCUCUUAUGUAAAGCAGUCUAAAGGCCAAGCCUUCAUUGAGAAUGUACUGAAAGAUAUUAACCUUACUGACUAUCAGACAGCCUCAGUAGAUGAGACAGAAUUAAAAAUAGCCAGAGCUACAGGUCAGCGUGAUAUUGAUCCAAGGGAGGUAACAGCCAGAAUGGACAGUCCAAUAGUGAAAGCUGUACUGCGCAUGGACAUUCCCAAAGAGAGGGUUAAAAAAGCUAUAAGGAAUAGACUAGCAGAAAAUGGUGAGGAUUUCAAUAGUGCAGAAGCUCUCCUUGAGGCUGUAUUUAGCCAUAGUUCUAGUCCAGACCAUCUGAAUGAAAGUCCCACUACUGAAGUUAAAAGUGGUAAAGACUUGGAGCCAGAAAAUGGAAGUUUACAUUCAGGUGGAUCUGAGAAUCAAGAUUCUAUGAGGUUGAUGGAGGAGAACAGACUUCUGAAGGAACAGCGCCAGUGUAAAAUCUGUAUGGACGAGGAAGUUUGUGUUGUGUUUCUACCCUGUGGCCAUCUAGUUUGCUGUUCUACAUGUGCACCUGCCCUGACAUCAUGCCCGAUUUGCCGUGCUAAAAUCAGAGGGACUGUACGCACCUAUAUAUCUUAAGAAACAAAUGACAUGAAACAGAUGUUUGAGAAAAUUACAUUUUAACAACUAUCAGGAAGACAUAUCUCGAAUAAAUUUUCAAACAGCAAUAUGUUAAUGACCUUUUUGUAACUUUUGUUAAGAAAUUUGCAUUAAAUUUUAUUUGUUGUGCACAUUUUUUAAUUUUAUUAAAAGCGAAAUUUGAAGACUUAAAAUUUUUAUACAUUUAGUAUAAAAUGUUUUCUCAGUUGCAGUGUUAAGUUAGAUUUUACAACUGUUGUUCAAAGCUUUUGAAUUGCAGGAAUUAGAUUUUGUUUAUCAUUAACUCCAUUAGUGUAAUUUUUAAUUUUUUUGUUUGGUAUUUACUUUUUUCUUUACUUAAAAUUGUUUGAUGUCCAUUGUUCAUUUUACCUAUAUACAUAUGGUGUUUACUGAAGCUUGAAUACAGGUUGAACUUUUUUCCAUUCAAAUAAACCCACAUACACUUUGUUCUGAAACUUUGUAGAUGUCUUCAACAGAUUUUUUGUGACAGCUGUAUUCAAAUUUUGAAUUUAAAAAUACUGUUUUCAAAUCCCUUUAGUAAUGUUUACUGCUAUUUUUUCUUUUAAAGCUUUUGUCGUAGUGUUCACAAGUUAGAUUAUUCCAUAAAUUAGUUGUGUUCAGAAGUUAGAUACUUUAUACAACUUAACAUUGCAAUUGUCUUUUUUUGCCAUGUGAUAGAAAGCUUUUAAACAUGAUUUUUCUAUGUAUUUUACAUAAAUUUUUAUUGUUGCAAAGAAUAAAGUUAUUAAACUAA